CGCGACAAACGCACGUAUUGACGAGAAAGUAUUUGGCGGGAAACUCGACGCGAGUGACAGAGUGUUUGUGAAAAGUGCUGUGCGACAAUAAACAUAAAACUGGAGCGAUUAUUUAUUUUGACGAGUGCGCAUAGAGGUGAUGCCGGCAUGUCAACGCGCGCGGUGAGAGCGGCGCUGCUCUGCGCGUGCGCAUUGCUUCUGCAAUAUGCUAGCGCCGAGCUGCGAGGCAGAUGUCCGGCUGAAGGAGGAGCAUGUCCGGCGCGCGCUGCGCCUUGCAGCGUAGACGAUGACUGCGGGGAGAAGAUAUGCUGCAACACAGCCUGCGGCCGCGCCUGCGUUGACCCACUCUACACCGGCUGCGAGAACAUCAAGAUGUCAUCAGAACGAAUCUCCCGCGCAUUACAAGCUGAGAACAGCCGCAGCGGGCGAAGCGCGCCCGGGGUCAGAACACCGAGGUGCCGGGCUUCCGACGGGGAGUUCGAGCCAGUGCAGUGCGACAAUGAGAUCGUCAGCGCCUGUUGGUGCGUCGACACUGCCGGCUUUGAGAUUCCAGGCACGCGAGCACCGGCAGCAUCGCUGGUGAACUGCACGCAGCAGGCGUCGUGCGCGGCGCACACGUGCCGCAUGCUAUGCCCACUUGGCUUCGAGCUGGACCAGCGCGGGUGCCCGCUGUGCCGCUGCCGUGACCCCUGCGCUGGCGUCACCUGCCCCUCACAGCUCGCCUGCCAGCUCGAGGAGAUGGACUGCCUCAAACCGCCUUGCCCGCCGGUUCCUACUUGUAAACGUGGAAGAAGUCUACAGAAUAUCUGCCCCGCGGGCGAGCCAUUACUGAUCUCAGAGACCAGCCGGCCCUUCCUAUGCGGCACCGACCCCGGCAAGCCCAACUGUCCGCCACUCUACAGAUGUCUGGUAGAGCCAGGUAAUGACUACGGAGUAUGCUGUCCUGCAUCUCUGGAACUCCAAAAAGCUGGUACCUGCCCUACUGUGGAUCCCACCGCGGAAUUAGAAUGCGGCACUCCUUGCGCACAUGAUCUGGAAUGUCCCUCAAUGCAGAAGUGUUGUGAUGGAGGGGAGUGCGGCCGACACUGCAGCCUCCCACACAAUGUAACCAUGUGUACUCAGCAGAAGAUGUUGGCAGAACUACUGGUGGUCAGUGAGAAAGAAGGGAGGGGAUACGUACCGCAGUGUGGGGAAGAUGGAGCGUUUAUAUCGAGACAGUGUUCCAGAAAUGGACUUGUAUGUUGGUGUGUGGACUCCGACGGCAAUAAGUUACGUGGCUCAAUGGGCCCCUCGGCGUCAGUACACUGUUCGCCCGUGCCUCGCCCAGCGCGCACUGGGGCUAGGAGUCUUACCGCCUGCGCUCGGGCCCUCUGUGCCGGCGUCUGCGAGUACGGCUACAAAAGCGGCGCCGACGGUUGCCCUAGCUGCGAGUGCGACGACCCCUGCUCCGGCUAUCCCUGCUCUGAAAACGAGGAGUGCAUCAGGGUCAAGGAUUCGGAUUGUGUUGGCGAACUUUGCACUGGCUAUCCUGUUUGUCGACCGCGAGUAUCGUACGAGAACCCGUGUGCAAUCGGAACACCGGCGACUGACCAAGCAGGUAGCGUAAUAAACUGCGAGGCGGACGCAGACUGUGUCAACGGUCACAUCUGCCAGCACACGCGGCGCAGCGGUCACGCCGUAUGCUGCCCUGAGCCAGCCGCAGACAACUCCACUGACACAGAUAUUGUCGAGAUAAACUUCGAAGUAUGCGGUCCGGAGGUUGAGGCGCUAUGCGGUUUAAAUUCAAGUCAUAGCUGUCCAGAGGGCGCGUGUGCAGGCGACCUGGUCUGCUGCUCCACAUCUUGCGGCCCACUUUGCGUAGACCCUGACAAGCUGCGGCUACAAUCUGAUAGAGUAGACGAUGCCCCUACAAUGUGCGAAUAUUUGCGCGACUUCGACGAGAAGAUGGAGGGCACUGUGGACGGAAUGAAGCUGGCUCUGCCGGCGCCGAGCUGCGCGGCGGACGGCUCGUACCGGCCGCAACAAUGCGCCGCCGGCCGCUGCUGGUGCGUCGACUCCUUCGGCACAGAGAUACCCGACACCAGCACAAAUAAUGCUUCCUCGAUAGAUUGCGAGAAAGUACGAGCCGAGCUGUCCUGCUUGGAGCUGACAUGCCGCAUGGGCUGCGACUAUGGAUUUGAGCUGGGAGCAGAACGUUGCCCGACCUGCCGCUGUCGAGACCCCUGCGCCGGCGUCACCUGCCCUCAGGGCCGCUCCUGCGCACUCGUAGAUGUCGCAUGUGACGCUGACUACUGCCCUCCUGUGCCAGCUUGUUUGCCACGCAAGCCGGGGCAGUGCCCUUACUUAGUGCCAGCGACUGGCUCGUGCGAGUGGGCGUGCCGUGCUGACGCGGAGUGCGGGCCCGGGCAGCGCUGCUGCGCCACCGGCUGCGGCACCUCCUGCACUACCGCCGUCCAUCUCACCGCUUGCCAGCACACCAGGGCGUUAGCUCUACACACUGCAGCUGAGAAAGGCAGCCCACCUUCAUGGACGUGGAUACCGGAAUGUGAAGAAGACGGAACCUACAAGAGAAUACAAUGCAAAGAAUCGGAGAAGAUUUGUUGGUGCGUCGACUCGGCUGGUAAUGAGAUUCCUGGGACCAGAUCGACGAACUCGACGCCAACUUGCGACGCGCCCGCGCCGUGCCCUGACCCUGGUUGCAUCCAGGAGGAGGUGUGCGUGCACGGGCGGCAGCUGGACGGCCAGGGCUGUCCUACCUGCGUCUGCCGCGACCCCUGCGCCGACGCCAACUGCAGGCACGACGAGACCUGCGAGCUGGUGCCUUUGGACUGCGAGGGCGAGUCAUGCGCCCCGCUGGCCCGGUGUGUACCAGAGCCGCAGUGCCCCGAGGGAUCGCCGCUGCAGGCGCCGGGCGGAGGCGCGCUACUCGCGUGCGGCCCUCAAGCCGCCUCAUGCCCCUCCACGCAUGCCUGCCGCUUCGCCCCUCAUGACCCCCAGCCCGCCGUCUGCUGCCCCAAACCAAGGACGGUGUGUUUCGAGAGCAAAGACGAGGGAUUGUGCGAGUCUGGCGGUCUGAACGUGACGCGGUGGCACUUCAGCGCGGCGCGCAACCGCUGCGAGCGCUUCACAUACCACGGCUGCUCCGGCAACCACAACAAUUUCCGCACCAAAGAAGAGUGUAACGCAGUCUGUCCUGUGGAGGAGGUUACAUCGAAACUAACAAAAGAGAAGAGUCGAGAAAAUGUUGGCCAAAGCGGAGUAUUGAGUCCUUGCGAAAGACUUCGCGAAAAGAACGAGGCAGCAACGCAAAAGUACGGCAAAGGUAGUUUCAUCCCCGAGUGCGACGCGGCCGGCGGCUGGCAGCCCGUCCAGUGCAUGGCACAUAUUGAUGUAUGCUGGUGUGUGAGCGCGCGCGGGGAGCCUCAGAAGGGGUCUUUGGUGCGCGGCGCGCGUCCCACUUGCAACUUCCGGCAAGCGCGCAAGUGGAUGCGACGCGACCCCGACGACGAACGAGCCAGGGCAGACGAAGUACUAGAAGAGUUGAUCCGUCAGAUGACAUCAUACAGAGUAGAAGAAUUGGAAGAGGAAGAUCUAGAGGAUGAGAUAGAGAACGAGCAGUCGAAGGAGAGCACGACGGACUCUGCUGCCGUGCUGGUGUCGGAGGUGGUGGAGCCUCGCGCAUCGCAGACCACGCGUCAUGACGCCCCCGUAGUUAUAUCAGAGAAAAUCGUCUUCAAAACAAAAUGUCAAGUUUUGUUGGAAGAAGCAGAGAAAGGAAACGAAGGGAUAGAGCCACGGUGCCUAUCAGACGGCUCGUUCGCGCCGCAGCAGUGUGCACGCGGCCGCUGCUGGUGCGUGGACGCGGCGGGCCAGCGCCGGCACCCGCAACCCGCCACCGCCACUUGUGAAAUGACUCAAAUCGAUUCAGCGAUUUUGGAAUUAGAGCUGGUGGGAGCGAGCAACGACGAGGGCGAGAGAGCGCGCGCGGCGCUGUCUGCGCGUCUGGCCACGCUGGGCGCGCGCGUACCCGUCUCCGUGCAACGCGACCAGCACGUGGUCCGACUGAGAGUGCAGCUUUCCGGCACCAGGGCUGCCGAUAUGGCAUUCCAUUUAGAGAAUAUGGUUAAAAAAGAGAAACUAGCGGGUGUUCGUAAGUCAGAUUCAGGCGUACUGGGCGCCGACGUGAUCCGCAGCGAGUACAGGCUGGCCGUGCCCACGCCCGCGCUGCAACAGCGAGAGAUCGUCACGGAGUCUACGGUAUCAUCAGCAACAUCAUACCACACCGCGCUGAUUGUGUUAGCAGCCACUUCAGCGUUCAUUAUCAGCGUACUGUGCGUUUUGGUGAUGUUGUACCGAGCACGACUGCAGCGUGAACCUCAAAAGGCUGAGCGAUUCCUGCCCCAGGCCCCGCCGGUCUACGUCCUCUCUGCUAACGAGAAAGCAGAACUGGCCAGAGCUUUACACGCACCCAAUAAUUCUAAUGAGGAAAGUGAUACUCCGAGAGUAUAACCUGUAGCUAUCAAAGACAUUUACGUUACUCUACUCCAUAGACAUUUAUAGCACUGAAUUUUGUUGUUAACCACGAAAUAGAACAUUCAAAACACGUUUCUGUUCUACGUGACGUGUAUCGAGUACUUUAUUUUAUUAUUACCGAUUGAAAAGUACAAGAAACGAUUUAAAUUAAAAAAAA